CGGAAAUGCGUCAGCCUCACCUCCUCGGCGACGACUCUCUCGGCCGCCGCCAUUUUGGGAGCUGGUCGUACCGUCCGGCCGGGAGGCUGUCUUGACGCUGCACCUCUUACCGAUACGGAGGCGGACUGGCAGCCCUGAGCGUCGCAGUCAUGCCGGCCGGACCCGUGCAGGCGGUGCCUCCGCCGCCGCCGGUGGCCACCGAACCCAAACAGCCCACAGAAGAAGAAGCAUCUUCAAAAGAGGAUUCUACACCUUCCAAGCCAGUGGUGGGGAUUAUUUACCCUCCUCCAGAGGUCAGAAAUAUUGUUGACAAGACUGCCAGCUUUGUAGCCAGAAACGGGCCUGAAUUUGAAGCUAGGAUACGACAGAACGAGAUCAACAACCCCAAGUUCAACUUUCUGAACCCGAAUGACCCUUACCAUGCAUACUACCGCCACAAGGUCAGCGAGUUCAAGGAGGGAAAGGCUCAGGAGCCCUCAGCUGCCAUCCCCAAGGUCAUGCAGCAGCAGCAGCAGGCCGCCCAGCAGCAGCUGCCCCAGAAGGUCCAAGCCCAGGUGAUCCAAGAGACCAUUGUACCCAAAGAGCCUCCUCCCGAGUUCGAGUUCAUUGCCGACCCCCCCUCCAUCUCGGCCUUUGACCUGGAUGUGGUGAAGCUGACAGCUCAAUUUGUGGCCAGGAAUGGGCGCCAGUUUCUCACCCAACUGAUGCAGAAAGAGCAGCGCAACUACCAGUUUGACUUUCUCCGCCCACAGCACAGCCUUUUCAACUACUUCACGAAGCUGGUGGAACAGUAUACCAAGAUCUUGAUUCCUCCCAAAGGCUUAUUUACAAAGCUCAAGAAAGAGGCUGAAAACCCCCGAGAAGUUUUGGAUCAGGUGUGUUACCGAGUGGAAUGGGCCAAGUUCCAGGAGCGUGAGAGGAAGAAGGAAGAAGAGGAGAAGGAGAAGGAGCGGGUGGCCUAUGCUCAGAUUGACUGGCAUGAUUUUGUGGUUGUGGAAACGGUGGACUUCCAACCCAAUGAGCAGGGGAACUUCCCUCCCCCCACCACGCCGGAGGAGCUGGGGGCCCGAAUCCUCAUUCAGGAGCGCUAUGAGAAGUUUGGGGAGAGUGAGGAGGUUGAGAUGGAGGUCGAGUCUGAUGAGGAGGAUGAGAAACAGGAGAAAGCAGAGGAGCCUUCUUCCCAGCUGGACCAGGACACCCAAGUGCAAGACAUGGAUGAGGGUUCAGAUGAUGAAGAAGGGCAGAAAGUGCCCCCACCACCAGAGACACCCAUGCCUCCGCCCCUGCCCCCAACUCCAGACCAAGUCAUUGUCCGCAAGGAUUAUGAUCCCAAAGCUUCUAAGCCCCUGCCUCCAGCCCCUGCUCCGGAUGAAUAUCUGGUGUCCCCCAUCACUGGGGAGAAGAUCCCUGCCAGCAAAAUGCAGGAACACAUGCGCAUCGGGCUUCUUGACCCCCGCUGGCUGGAGCAGCGGGAUCGCUCCAUCCGUGAGAAGCAGAGUGACGAUGAGGUGUACGCACCAGGUCUCGAUAUUGAGAGCAGCUUGAAGCAGUUGGCUGAGCGGCGUACUGACAUCUUCGGUGUAGAGGAAACGGCCAUCGGUAAGAAGAUCGGUGAGGAGGAGAUCCAGAAGCCAGAGGAAAAGGUGACCUGGGACGGCCACUCGGGUAGCAUGGCCCGGACCCAGCAGGCUGCCCAGGCUAACAUUACCCUCCAGGAGCAGAUCGAGGCCAUCCAUAAGGCCAAGGGCCUUGUGCCUGAAGACGACACCAAAGAGAAGAUUGGCCCCAGCAAGCCCAAUGAAAUCCCCCAGCAGCCACCACCUCCGUCUUCAGCCACCAACAUCCCCAGCUCAGCCCCACCCAUCACCUCAGUGCCGCGACCACCCACAGUCCCUUGCCCUCCACAGAUGCCGCCUCCUGUCCGUACUACAGUUGUGUCUGCAGUACCCGUCAUGCCCCGGCCCCCAAUGGCAUCUGUGGUCCGGCUGCCCCCUGGCUCAGUGAUCGCCCCGAUGCCACCCAUCAUCCAUGCACCCAGGAUCAACGUGGUGCCCAUGCCUCCCUCGGCCCCUCCUAUCAUGGCACCUCGCCCACCUCCCAUGAUUGUGCCAACAGCCUUUGUGCCGGCUCCACCUGUGGCACCCGUCCCAGCUCCGGCCCCAAUGCCCCCCGUCCAUCCCCCGCCUCCCAUGGAAGAUGAGCCCACCUCCAAGAAACUGAAGACAGAGGAUAGCCUCAUGCCUGAGGAGGAGUUCCUGCGUAGGAACAAGGGUCCCGUGUCCAUCAAAGUUCAGGUGCCCAACAUGCAGGAUAAGACGGAAUGGAAACUGAAUGGGCAGGUGCUGGUCUUCACCCUUCCACUCACAGACCAGGUCUCUGUCAUUAAGGUGAAGAUUCAUGAAGCCACUGGCAUGCCUGCAGGGAAACAGAAGCUGCAGUAUGAGGGCAUCUUCAUCAAGGAUUCCAACUCGCUGGCUUACUACAAUAUGGCCAAUGGUGCUGUCAUCCACCUGGCCCUCAAGGAGAGAGGCGGGAGGAAGAAGUAGAAGAGAGAAACCCACUGUCAGGUCCCUGCCAUUUUGCCUCUCCUGUCCCCCACCCCCUGCCCCAGACCCAGGAGGCUUACCUGGGGCCUUAGGCCCUGCCUGCAUAUUAGUUUCCCUCUUACUCAAUUUGGGAAUUUAAAUUGUCGUACAGAGGUUCAUUCCUCCCACCCCUUCCCCAUGUUGGUCAAAGUAGCAGGGAUUUCUAAGCCACUGUCUGGAAUCCCUUUGCGUUAGGGUGUCUUUCUUCAGGCAGCCCAUUAGGAACUGAGAGCCCAGAGAUGUUCUGCAGGAUAGUUUCGUAGAGCUAAGUGGUACUUGGCUGAUAGAAUGUGGUUGUUAUUGUCGGUAAUCAUUUUGUAUCUUGCCACAGGCUAUCUAAUAAACCUCUUGGACCCUCUUGUGAAA